CUUCAGGAGAUCGACCCUAAACAUCUCAAGCCAGACCAGAUUCUGGACCUUUCCGUCAGCUUUGCAGUCCUUAUGCGCCAACACCUGGGCGGAAUGGCUGUUAAGAUGCACGAGACCCGCAUGGCUAACGUUCGCGAAGCCGCAGGAGCACACUUCGAGGACGACGCUCUCAACAUGUUCGACCCACAGUCCUUCUAUGACCACACUAAGUCUAUCCUCACCCUACAGACAUACUUUAAGAGCAAGACGGGAACCGACAACCGCCGAGACAAAGGCGGCAACAACAACAACGACAAUAGUCACGGCAAUGGCCGACAUAACUCCGACAAAAAUUGGAACAACAACCAGGACCGCCGCUCACAGAGCCGCUCAGGUCGGGAUUUCAAUAAUAGCAACCGUUCCUCCUCUUCUUUUCAGAGGAACUCCGGAAACCAAAGGCGGAACAGCCAACAGCGCGGACGAAGCACCUCCCGCAGGAACGACAGAUCCCCAAGGUUGGAGGGCGGCUCAAAGGAUUCUUAG